AGGCAGGGAGAAGUGCUGCUCUGGAGAGUGACGGUGCUCGGGAGACAACACGCUCAGCCGCUGUUGUAAAACGCAAGAGGUGGACGAAGUGUCAGGCGCCACCGCUCGCCUGUUCUUCCUCUGUCCUCUCUCACUCUAUCGCUCUCCUGCUCUGCUCUGGCUGUCUCUAUCUGCAGCUCGCUGGCUGGCUACUCUCUCUCUACCUCCCUCUCUCUCUCUCUCUCUCUCUCUCUCUCUCCCUCUCUCGUUGACUAGGGCUUGGCUGGCUGAGCAGCAGAGUGAAUUAACACAGUGGACUACCUGCUGCCUGGGGAUUGUGUGCGCUGUGAAUACUCCGUGAAUACGCAAAGCUCCAAGUUGUUGUUUUGGCUGCCAGUGAAUGGGCCUGUCCCUCGGAGGAGCAACUCGAAGGAGAUCAUCCGCAGCCAAGCCCAGGACAAGCAACCGGGAGUAGCCUCUGGAGCAGGAACAGACAGAAGGAGUGGAGUCUUGUGAAAAAGGAGAAAAAAAGAGGGAGACUGAGCCAGAGAGAGAGUGAAAUGAGCAACUGAGCAGCUUCUACACUCAAUGAAGAAGGGGUGAAUAAGCGACUGCUUUUUUGAAAAGGAGAAAACCAACUUGACACUCUCGGACAGAGGGCGGUAACAAGACCCCCCAUGCGAUUUGUUUUUGGAUGAAUAUGCCAUCAGGGGUGGACAACACGAGGAAAGAAAGAUAAAAAGUCUUCAGGGCUUGUUGUUCAUUUCUGGCACAGACUUCUCCCCUCUUUCUUCCCUCCUCUCUCCAUUUCUUUUGUGGGUUUUCUUUAGUCUGUGUGUCGGGCUGAGGUUUGUCGCUUCUCUGUAUAGCCGGACUCAGGCGGAACAGAGCUGAGGGGAGGACAACUCAUGUUGAGGUACAGAGCCGGGGGCGUAAAUUGUUCCCCUCUCCAACUUUCCACCCCUCUCUACUUCUUCUGACCUGUUUUCUCCAGACUCCAAGGGUGGCCCCCACAUGCGAGUGGCGAGGGGGAAGGGGGCCACAGUGUUUUGAACCGAGGAAGUGGGUGGUGAAAAAAAUAAUCCCCUUCACGCUCCUAAGAGCAUAUGGUUAAUCGAGUGGUGGCCAGCUGCUUACUAGCCCCCCUGCUAAAUACGCUAACGCUAGAUACAAGUGCGCAGCGACGGGGGAAGCUUCGUGCUCCGUGCUCGGAGAAGACAGUCGCAUUGCCGUGUUGCUGUUGCCUUUAUUUCGGUCCUGACUAGAGCUAUAAGGAACAAUAAGCAGGCGGGCAGCCAAGUGAAAACAAAGAGCCGGUUGUUGUUGUUUUCCUUGGAGCGUUUUGUAAGGAAAAGAAAAGGAGGCUAAUGAAUGUCUUCAGAGCGCCAAAGCUGCCGGAGCUCUAGCCCCAAGCUCCCAGUUUAUCAGCCACAGGAGGCUGGAGAAAGAUGCUCCCCCGCCAAAUCACCAGCAGCUACUCUUGACGAAUGCUGUGGUAGUGUGGUGGAACCUGGCUUGUGUUGUGAGGGCUCCUGGGGCAAUAAGGAGACCAGUGUGUUUUGCAACAGUGGACCAGUGCUGCAAAGAGAUCAAGGAGGCUUCUUACUGUAAUUACUGUUGAGUUACUGUGGAACUUUGGCACCUUUUGAUCUAGCACGUGCACACACACACACACAAACAGAGACACAUACCCACACACACAUUUACACUUUCAUAUUGUACAUAUACUCACUCCACAUACGUACACACAAAUCUGUUGUCAUCCCCUUUCCAGUACUUGUAUUAAAAUGGAGGUAGCGUGGACAGCUGGUGGCCUAUAGCAGUACAGGCCCACACCCUUCUGUCCUCUUCCCACCAAUGGAUGUUAUUACUGUCCAAAAUGAGUUGCCUGGAAACCAUUGAAAGCUCCUCGACGCAUCUUUCUGAAAGCAGCUGCGACUCCCUCCCCACGGCGGAACACAGCUGGAUUCCGGGCUGAAUCUACCAACCAUUACCAACCAGUCUAUCAUUCUCUCCUCCCUCGUUUCUGGUGUCAUUUUUAUUCCUUGGUUCUUUGGUUUCAUCUUCUCCCACUCCGUUACCCGUACCUUCCCACCGGGCGUACGGACUCUGGAAGUGGAGCAUGACCAGCUGCCAUUACCCCACGCCGCCCCCGGAGCGGGACCGGAUGUACCAACACAAGGUGUCCCUGGUGGUGCGCUACUUUAUGAUCCCCUGUAACAUAUGUCUCAUCCUGCUGGCCACCUCCACGCUGGGCUUCGCCGUGCUGCUCUUCCUCAACAACUACAAACCUGUUCACUUCACGCCGGCCCAGCCUCCUGAUGGUUGCAGAGGUAUGCUGUGCGGCUUCGGGGCGGUGUGUGAGCGUAAAGCGGCUGACCCCUCUAAGGCGGAGUGUGUAUGCAAGAAGAUGGUUUGUCCGUCGGUUGUGGCGCCCGUGUGCGGCUCAGACUCCUCCACCUACUCCAACGAGUGUGAGCUGGAGAAGGCCCAGUGCAACACGCAGCGACGCAUCAAGGUGCUGCGCAAGGGACCCUGUGCCCUGAAGGAUCCAUGCAGCGAGGUGAUCUGCAGUUAUGGCAGCACCUGCAUCCAGUCAUCGGACGGCCUGUCGGCCAAGUGCAUGUGCCCGCUGAGCUGCGAAGGCAAGCCCGAGCAGGUGAUGUGUGGCAGCGAUGGCCAGGACUACCGCAAUGAGUGUGAGCUCCACAAGCAGGCCUGCCAUACCAAGAAGAACAUCCGCCUUCAGCGCCAGGGAUCCUGCAACCCAUGUAAAGGCCUCGAGAACAACCUGAACGUUGCAUGCCGGGUGGAACCGCGCACCCACCAGCCCCUGAAUAUCCCCCGCCCGGAGUCCUGCCCAGCCGUCAAUGAGCCACUGUGUGCCAGCGAUGGGCAGACGUACGAGAGUGAGUGCCAUAUGAAGCGGACGGGCAUGCAGAAGGGCAUUGAACUCAAGAAGAUCCACCCGGGCCGCUGCAAGAAACAAGAGGAGUGCAGGGAGGAGUGCAAGUUCAACGGCGUGUGCCAGGUGGAGCGUCUGGGCAUGCGCUGCUCCUGCGAGCCCAUCCAGUGCGAUGGCACCUACAAGCCGCUGUGCGGAAAGGACGGCCACACCUACAUCAAUGACUGCGAGCGCCGGCGGGCUGAGUGCCAGGCCAAAGCCCAUAUUCCCGUCAAGCAGCAAGGCCCGUGUGAUCUACACACUCCCAGCCCGUGCCUGGGGAAGGCCUGCGAGUUCGGGGCCGCGUGCGUGGUGAAGAACAACGAGCCCGUGUGCGAGUGCCAUGGCGCCUGCCCCCAGAUGCCCGACCUGGUGUGCGGCAGUGACGGCCACAGCUACGGCAGCCAGUGUGAGAUGAAGGCCAUGGGCUGCGCCCUGCAGAAGGAGAUUCACAUCCAGCACCGAGGACCCUGCGACGAGGCGUGUGCCAACUGUUCAUUUGGGGCGAUCUGCGAUGGGCAGUCUGGCCGCUGUGUGUGCCCGCAGGAGUGUGUGGAGUCCCACCAACCGGUGUGCGGCAGCGACGGCUCCACCUACGACAGCGAGUGUGAGCUCCACGUGCGUGCCUGUACCGAGCAGCUUGACCUGCGCGUGCUCGCCCAGGGAGAAUGCAAGACGUGCGGUAGCGCCGUGUGUGCCUGGGGGGCCCGCUGCGUCCAGAACAAGUGCGAGUGCCCGCAAUGCCAGGGCCAGGCCUUCUCGCCCGUGUGCGGCAGCGACGGCUUCACCUACGACAACACCUGCGAGCUGGGCGUGGCCUCCUGCGUCCUCAAAAAGAAGAUUGAGGCGGCCAAGCCUGGCAGCUGCGACGAAGAGUGUGGUUCAGGAGGAUCGGGGUCAGGUAUUGAGAGCUGCGAACAGGACAGGUGUCGUACGUUUGGAGGAUCGUGGGACGAGGACGCAGAGGACGACCGCUGUGUCUGUGACUUCGACUGCCAUCGCGUGCCUCGCAACCCGGUGUGUGGCUCAAAUGGGAAGACCUACAGCAACGAGUGUGAAAUGAAGAAGGCUAGGUGUGAAAAGCAGGAGCACCUGCUGAUCCAGAAUCAGGGACCCUGUACUGCGAUUUCGGCCACCUCUCCGACAAAGCUGCCAGCGCAGGAACACUGCAGUCUGUCAGUCUAUGGCUGUUGCCGUGACAACAAGACGGCGGCCCUUGGUGUGGGACUUGCCGGAUGCCCCAGUACAUGCCAGUGUAACCCGUACGGCUCCUACAAGGGGACUUGUGACCCGGGCAGCGGCCAGUGCUCCUGUAAGCCCGGCGUCGGGGGACAGAAGUGCGACCGCUGCGAUCCAAGCUUCUGGAACUUCCGCGGCAUCGUCACAGAGAACUUGAGCGGCUGCACACCGUGUAACUGCGACGCGGUGGGCUCGGUGAGGGACGACUGCGAGCAAAUGUCAGGCCUGUGCUCCUGCAAGACGGGAGUGAAGGGCAUGAAGUGCAACGUGUGCCCCGACGGCAGCAAGAUGGGUAUGAGCGGCUGCGACACAGGUGCCGAUGCCCCAACUUCAUGUGAUGAGCUGGACUGCAAGUUUGGCGCGUUGUGUGACGAGGUCAAUGGUCAAGCCCACUGCGAAUGUCCCUCUCCCGACUGUGACGAGAAGAACAAGACCAAGGUGUGUGGCUCUGAUGGGGUGACCUACGCUGACCAGUGCCAGCUGAGGACCAUUGCCUGUAGGCAGGACAAGCACAUCACAGUGGAACGCUUUGGCCAGUGUACAGAAAGCAUCAUAGAGCCGGCCGGCCGAUCCACUCCUUACCCCCCCGCCUCCCACGCCGCCGCCACCACCCCCUCCACCGCCCACGUCAGGCUCACGUCGCCGCACUACGGUGCAUCACUCUCUCCCUGGGACGAUGAUCAAAUGGGGCUCCCGGCCUCUUUCGUGGAAGCCUUGCCACCCCCCAUGGCCACGGAGAGCGUGCUCACCACCAACCGCCCCGUCACCACCCCCCGCCACCCACCUCACUCCACCACCCCCCACCUGCCUGGCCACACCAGCCCUGGCUCCUCCCCUACCGCCUUUGAAGACUCAGGGAGCGGCGAGCCCAGCGGAGACGACCAGGUGGCGGAAGAGGAGGAGAAUGAGGAAGAAGGUAGCGCCUUCGGAGUUCUGGAGGCGAGCGGAGAGGAGCCUGUUGACCCCACAGCUGCGGCCACCACUAUCCCCACGGCGGAAGAUCGCUCGUCGUGUGACAACACUCCCUUCGGCUGCUGUCCCGACGGCAAGACGGCCUCCAGCAGCCCUGAGGGAGCCAAUUGCCCCCCCACCAUGAGGUUCAGCGGCUUCCUGCACCUAGACCAGGUGGAGGGCCAGGAGGUCUUCUACACCCCAGAGAUGGAGGAUCCCAAGUCUGAGCUGUUUGGGGAGACGGCCAGGAGCAUCGAGAGUGCCCUGAACGAGUUGUUCCGGAAGUCAGAGGUGCAGAAAGACUUCAUGAGUGUCCGCGUCCGCAGCCUGGCUCCCAGCAACUCCAUCUUGGCCUUCGUCGAGGCCCACUUUGACUCAGAGACCAGGUACACAGUGGAGGACAUCGAGGGAGCCCUGCUCAAGCAGCUGAAGGCAGCCAAGGAGACGGCCAUCAUGGUGAAAAAGCCAGAGGAGGAGAACAUUCGCUUCACCAACUACGGUCUCUCCUCCCUCCCCUACUUCACCACAACCACCACUACAACAGCCACAGCCACCACCCCCACCGCCAGCCCCUCCCCCUUCAUCACAAGCCGUCCCCCGGGCACCACCCGCCGCCCUUACACCAGCCGCCGGACCACCACCGCCCCCUCGCCAGUGACCACCCCGGCCCCCACUACUACCAUCACCCCCCUCCACAGGACCAGGCCUGUGCCCCACCACACCAAGGCCCAGCGGCCCUGCGACUCCCACCCCUGCCGCCACGGGGGCACCUGCGAGGACGACGGUGCCGACUUCACCUGCAUCUGCCCCGCCGGGAGAGGGGGUGCCGUCUGCGAGAAACUGAUCAAGUACUUCAUUCCGUCGUUCGGGGGUAAGUCCUACCUGGCCUUUGACACCAUGAAGGCUUACCACACGGUCCGCAUCGCCAUGGAAUUCAGGGCCGCCGAGAUGACGGGCAUCCUCCUCUUCAACGGCCAGGACGGCAAGAAGGACUUCCUGUCUCUCACCCUGGUCAACGGCAAGGUGGAGCUCAAGUUCAACACAGGUUCGGGCACAGGCACCUUGGUCAGCAAGGUCCAGGUUAAGCAGGGUCGCUGGCACCAGCUGGUAGUGACAAGGAACCGGCGCAACGCCAUGCUGAGCGUGGACAAUGAGACCCACAUCGACGGCGCCAGCCCCCCCGGCACCGACGGCCUCAACCUGGACACACACCUGUUCAUCGGAGGGGUGCCCGAAGACAUGAUGACAGAUGUGAAGGAGAGAACCUCCAUCGGUACGGGUCUGGUGGGCUGUGUGCGCAUGCUGGACGUCAACAACCUGGUGUACAACCUGCAGGAGAAGAGUGGCAACGUGCUGUACGGCACCGGCGUGGGCGAGUGCGGCAACAAUCCGUGCCAGCCUAACCCUUGCAAGAAUGGCGCCCCAUGCCAGGUCAAGGAGGCCGAGAUGUUCCACUGCAAGUGCAUCAACGGCUACUCCGGUCCGACGUGCGCCGACACCCACAACCCGUGCGAGCCCAACCGAUGCCACCCCUUGUCCCAGUGCCAGGUGCAGCCGGAGGGAGGGUACAAGUGCGAGUGUCCCAUGGGUCGCGAGGGACGCCACUGCGAGAAAGUGUCGGAGAAGAAAGGGGCCUACAUGCCGUUCUUUAGCGGAGACUCUUACCUGGAGCUGAAGGGAUUGCACACCUACGGUCACGAUCUCCACCAAAAGGUCAGCAUGACAGUGGUGCUCAUGGCCAAUGACUCCAACGGCAUGAUCUUCUACAGCGGCCAGAAGACGGACGGCAAAGGUGACUUCAUCUCCCUCUCCCUCAACGACGGCAUCCUGGAGUUCCGCUAUGACCUGGGCAAGGGCCCCGCUGUCAUCAGGAGUAAAGAUAAGAUCAAGAUGGGCGUGUGGAACACAGUGAACCUGGAGCGGGCCAAUCGAAAGGGAGAGAUUAACAUCAACGGAAAGGACCCAGUCAGAGGAGAGUCGCCGAAAUCACGUAAGAACCAACACACCGCUCUCAACCUGAAGGAGUCUCUGUUUGUGGGUGGUGCUCCUGAUUUCAGCCGGCUAGCAAGGGCCGCCUCGCUCAAAGAUGGCUUCAAGGGGACCAUUCAGAAGAUCACCCUGAUGGGCACGCCCAUCCUCCGGCAGGAGAACGCGCUGCACUCCAGUGACGUGGCCAUGUUCGAGGGCCACCCCUGCAGCCGUGAGCCCUGCCACAACGGGGGUCGCUGCAACCCCCUGCUGGAGAGCUAUGAGUGUGUGUGCCUCCUCGGCUUCACAGGCACACACUGUCAGAACACCAUCUUCGAGAAGUCCGCCGGGGAAACGGAGUCCAUCGCCUUUGACGGCCGGACAUUCAUUGAGUACCACAACGCCGUCACCAAGAGCCAACUGACCAAUGAGAUUCCGGAUGAGAAAGCCCUGCUGGUGAACAAGUUUGAACUGAGCAUUAAGACCGAGGCCACUCAGGGCCUGGUGCUGUGGAGUGGUAAGGGCAUGGAGCGAUCUGACUACAUCGCCCUGGCGGUGGUGGACGGCCGUGUGCAGAUGACCUACGACCUGGGCUCCAAGCCUGUGGUGCUGCGCUCGACGGUCCGCGUCAACACCAACCGCUGGAUCCACAUCAAGGCCAGCAGAGCACUUAGGGACGGCUCUCUCCAGGUGGGCAACGAGGCAGCGGUCACAGGUUCGUCGCCCCUGGCAGCCACUCAGCUGGACACAGACGGAGCCCUCUGGUUGGGUGGCUUAGAGGAGUUGGCUGUGGCCCGGAGACUGCCUAAGGCCUACAGCACAGGUUUUGUGGGCUGUGUAAAGGAUGUCGCGGUGGACGGCGUGGAGCUCCACCUGGUGGAGGACGCCCUGAACAGCCCCAAAAUAUUACACUGUUCCGCCUCUGGCACAGCCGCCACGGCCAAAAAAUAGCCUGGCUAAAAUCACUCCCUCCAUAAACGCCAUGUCUACUGCUGUAAUUAUUUUAUAUUUUUGUAUACUUUUCAUUGCUUUUUAUAUUGAAAAUAAAAAGAAUACGUUGUUUUAAUUUUUUUUUUUAUAUAUAUAUUUUUUUUGUUUUCUGCGCCUCCUGUUCAUUCAUUAUCCCCGCCCUGAAACGCAGGUGUACAUACCGUACAUAUUCGCGUACUUUUGUGUGACGUCGCGAGACAAGUGUAAGCUGUAUUCAUUGUGUUGUUUUGUUGUUUUAAAACAAACAUGAACAAAACCUCUCCCUCGCUCAUUACUUAAACACUGGUGAAUCACAUUGGUGCUCUCUAUUAUUUCCUUGUCUUGAUGCCAUAUCAUUCACUACCACACAACACAGCCUAUAGAAAUACAUACAAACAUUCCCCUGUGAGAUAAAUGCAGUCGAGACACACUGCUGUUUCCUUGGUCAUUGUCAUUAGAGCACACUGUUACAAAACGUUUUUAAAACAUUUUGCAACGGAAAAUGAAAACGGGCAUGUUUUAUUGGGCGUGUCUGUUUUCUUCCGUUUUGUGCCUAAUGAACAGGACAAUGGUAUCCUAGAACCAUCUGCUUGUAACCAGUAGGGCUGCUCAGAAUGAACUUCUGAAACCGCUUAAUCAAACUCCUCAAACAGCGCAAAUGAUCUACAUUGCCUCUCAAUCAACGACUUGAGUUUUGAAAUGAUUCGCAAACCCCCAGAGCUGAACAAAAACAAAGUGCCCUGCAUUCAAGGACAACACACAUAUCAUCAUUCCACAACAUGCAUCAAUCAAGAAAUGUAAUAAUAAUUUAAUUAAAGAAAUGUAAUAAAUAUAGACUAUAUAAAUACCUGAGACUGUGAAUAUGUAAGAUUGGUUCUCUUCUCAAGAAUUGUGAAUCUCAUGUAUUGUGCUUUCUAUUUUACAAUCAGGAUGACCAUUAGUUGCAUGCAGUUUCUGCAGUGUUGAUUUUGUUUUGUUUUGGUUUCACUGUGUUGCCGGCCAAGUGGAUUACCUGUCGCAAACACGCGUUGUGUUUUACAAAACGGUUCAACUAUCUGGUUUCACUGAGCUAGGAUAACUAUUUCAUUUUGGUGGGGUCCUUUUUUGAGCACUUGUUUUUCUAUUGGAGUUUGUUUUGCUGGACUUGGAAUGGCUCAAAAGGACAGGUUGUUGUUGUUACCGCAACUGGCCUGGUGGGAGUGCUAUAAGCUCAGGCUGAAGAGAGGACCGACCAAGAGGAAGAAGCGAGAUACUGUAUCAUACCAUAGGAGACAAUAGGACCCUCAAAUGCUCAGUCAUGGAAUGUUUAGUAGUCAAUGAAAUUCUUCAGUCUUUCAAACUUCAAAGUCCAUUUUUUGAUCAAAUUGGAAUGAAGACUGGGUUAUACUUUCUCUUGCAUUAAGAGUGAUCUAUCUCUUGCUGUUGGAAAAGUGAUAAUGUGAUGAGUUGGGACAUUUGGCAGCAAAAUGAGGAAAAAAAUAGCAAACAUAAUCGCAAUUACUAAUAAACGUACUUAUGCAUGGGUUUUGUAUUGUCGAGAUGAAUUCUGUAACAUCCAAAAACUCAUAAUGCAAUGCAAAAACUAAACUGCAAUGACUGACAUAAACCCACUCUGUUUUGAUAUAUAAGAUACUUGGCAAUAUUAUAAGAGAAAACAAAUGCUUGUUCAAGGUUGAGUAUCAGUGGUAUUGUAUUAGUUUGUUUAAGUUCUUCAUUAUUUCCCCCCCGCGACACAAAAAACGGCCAUUUUGUACAGCCCUGAAAUUUGUAAGUGAAAAUUUUGCAAUGUGUAAAACUGUAGAGGUUAUGUUUUUAGUGCUAUACACUGGAAAUAAGUCUGACUUGUCUGUUCACUACACACAAUAAUGAUGUUCCUAUGUCAAUGAGGAGGGGAAGAGCAUCGAAGUAUAUGGCUUUUGAGUGUAAUCAAGGACUAGUGUCCAUUCCAAGACCAGGAACCCUGGGUGUGUGUGUGUGUGUGUGUACACCACUGUAUUUACAUGUUGUAUUACUGUUGAAUUGGACCUAUUCCAGUAGUAGUUCAUGAGCAGUGGGUUCCUGUGUUAGUGGCACUCAGAAGACAAGUGGCGCAGGCUCACGAGUGAGACGACACAAUCUAAUGUCGGGGUGGUAAAAACUAUCUAUGAAUUGCCUUAAAACAGGUCAGCGGCCUACAGGUUGACAAAGUCAUUGUCCAUACUGUUCUGUGCUCUUACUUUGGCCAGCAUACUAGCCUCAUCAUCUUCAUGUAAAUUAAUACAUAAUAAUUAUAUUAAUAAUUCUCAUACAAAUCCUCAGAGGGACGCACAAAUGGUCGACCUCUGGCUUUACAUAAAAUAUACUAUUUACUGUUUGAAUCUAUUUUCUGUUCCUUAUUUAUGUCUUCAUGUGGAUUCCGUCUGGCCUCUGUAAACUACUGUUUGAUUGAGACACUCCUGAAGGGCAGUGCACUGAGUAAGAGUGGCAUGACCUGAUCAUUACUAACUUUAUUACCUUUGUCUUGUGUUCCUACCACCAUGAAAUAAAGUGUCAAACAAACAGA